CGCUCUCCCCUCGUCGAGGCGUUGGGCGCGCAGCGCUGCUCAACUGCCGCCUCCGCCCGGCCGUGCUGCACAGUGCCUGAGCCGAGGCCGCUGGCGCUGACGCCCCAAGGCUCCUGUGACCACUGGACUGCAGACUCACCAUGUCUGGACCUCAAGUCAUGGAGCAGGCACCAGAUGCCCAGGAAGACCCGCCCUUAUGCAGGAGGGAUGAGGAUGCCAAGGAGGGGACCCAGAGCUCCCACCGCAUGUUGGGCUUCAGUGAUGCACUGCUGUCCAUCAUUGCCACGGUCAUGAUCUUGCCUGUGACACAUACGGAGAUCUCCCCAGGGCAGGACUUUGACAGAAGUAUGCAGAAACUUCUAGCCACCAGGAUUGCUGUUUACCUGAUGACAUUUCUAAUUGUGACGGUGGCCUGGGCUGCACACGCUAGGUUGUUUCAAGUCGUUGGGAAAAUAGAUGAUACACUUGCCUUGCUCAACCUGGCAUGCAUGAUGACCAUAACCCUCCUGCCUUACACGUUUUCCUUAAUGGUGACCUUCCCUGAUGUGCCUCUCGGCAUCUUCUUGUUCUGUGUGUGUGUGAUCGCCAUUGGGGCUGUGCAGGCACUGAUCAUAGGCUACGCCUUCCACUUCCCACACCUGCUGAGCCCACAGCUCCGCAGCUCCACCCACAGGACCGUGACCCGGCAGCACAUCCUGCUCCUCGUCCUCCGUGGCCCAGCGCUGUGCUUUGCUGCAGCUGUUUUCUCCCUCUUCUUCUUCCCUAUGUCAUACCUGCUGAUGGUGACCAUCAUCUUCCUCCCCUACAUCAGCAAGGCCUCCAGCUGGUGCAGAGACAGACUCAUGGGCCGCAGGCAGCCCCCAGAUCACAGUGUGGAGAUCUUCACCUUUGACCUUCAUGAGCCUCUCAGCAAGGAGCGGGUGGAAGCCUUUAGCGAUGGGGUCUACGCCAUUGUGGCCACAUUGCUCAUCCUGGACAUCUGUGAGGACAAUGUCCCCGACCCCAAGGAUGUGAAGGAGAAGUUCCACAGCAGCCUGGUGGCAGCCCUGGGUGAAUAUGGGCCGCACUUCCUGGCGUACUUCGGCUCCUUCGCCACAGUGGGGCUCCUCUGGUUUGCCCACCACUCACUCUUCCUGCAUGUCCGAAAGGCUACACAGGUCAUGGGACUGCUCAACACACUCUCACUGGCCUUUGUGGGCGGCCUGCCCCUAGCCUACCAGCAGACCUCAGCCUUUGCCCGCCAGCCCCGCGAUGAGCUCGAGCGCGUGCGUGUCAGCUGCGCCAUCAUCUUCUUUGCCAGCAUCUUCCAGUUUGCCAUCUGGACUGCGGCCCUGCUGCACCAGACAGAGACACUACAGCCAGCAGUACGGUUUGGUGGGCAGGAACACGCCUUCAUGUUCGCCAAGCUCGCCUUGUACCCCUGCGCCAGCCUGCUGGCCUUCGCCGCCACCUGCCUGCUGAGCCGGUUCAGCACGGCCAUCUUCCACCUCAUGCAGAUAUCUGUGCCCUUCGCCUUCUUGUUGCUGCGUCUGCUGGUGCGCCUUGCCCUAGCAGCCCUGCGGGGCCUGCAGUCUCUACGGCCAGCACACCUCCCACCAGGCAGGGCCAGCGAGAGUGAGCCUGACGCCCAGGCCCAGCUCCUGCCUGCCUCUUGCUAGCACUACAGAGCCCACACCUGCUAUGUGCUACCUGCUUGUCUCACCCAAUGCCACAGGUCUCCUCUCCACUGUGAAAUGCCAAGGUCUAUCCAGAGCAUGCAUGCUGCUCUACACAGGAACUUCUACCCAGACAUGGAUCUCUCCCUUAACAGAACAAGUUGCCUUCGGGUCUGCAUCUGGAUGGCUUCAGGCAGCCCAGCUGCCCAGGACCCCAGACACCCUGCCCACCUUGCCCCAUUCUCCUGGGCCUCUGCGUAGAGCCUUGAGCAGCACCUCCUCCCCAAGACUCAGCUGUUGAACUCGGAAGUCUCUAUCUGAGGGGCCACCUACCCCAGACCUCCUGCCCAGAGUGUGCAACACCACUGGGGUUCCCAGUCCGUCUAGCUCCUCCCCACGCUCAGUCGCUGGACACAAGAAUAAGAGAGGGCACUGCAGGACACUGAAGCCCAACUCUAUUUGUCCCAGGUAUAAGUUAGGUCACAUUCAAGUAGCAGUAAGUCAGAAGGAGAGGCCUAGGGCUCAGGGUCACAGCCCUGCAGGUGAUCUCAAACAGCAGACAGACCUCUCAUCAUAAUUUGCAUACAAUUCCUGCAGGUUGAAGUCAAAGCAGAACUAACUACACCACUAAGGUACUGUUCUGAAGAUAAUAAGUGACAUUUUGUAAACACGAGGACUGUUACACUGAGACCACCAAAGGAGUAGGGGCACAUGUCUGCAGUUUUGGCAAAAGCAAGGAAGGGAUGUGGUGCUGCAGCACUGAGGCUCCUGGGGAGGCUGCAGGCCAUGCCCAAGGCUGAGACCCACAGCAGUGCAAACCCAGCACCAGAAGUGCUGGGAAGGGUGACCUGGUGGCCCCUUGCUUUGGGGACCUCUGCAGAUACCCUACAUAGGCCACUUAUUUUUGGUCAGAUUCUUCCAGCAUGUGGAGUGGGCACAGGGAGAAGAGCUUCAUUCACACCAGCCAGGCUGUCCAGGCAGAGCGCUCCCCAUGGGGCUCAGCCAGCAGUGCUGCCUGGGUGGGUUAGGAGCUGUGGCCACACUGGUACACGAGCCCAGGUUGCUGGCAAAGCGUUAUGUAAAGUGCUACAUUGCCGAAUAAGGGCAUUAAAUCCGCUCCUCAA